CUUUAGGCCCCUUCAUCGUCGUACCCGCUACUUGAUCCCCUAGUCAAUCAAAAGCUAUCUCGGAUCAGAUAUGGAUCCUGUCGCGCCUCUCUCCCUUCUCGCCGAAUUUCCUUUCCCCGGCCUUGCUAUUAGUGUUCUAAAGCUCUUCGAUGGUUCCAAACACCGACCUCUUAUUGAAUGGGCCGAUGGCCAUAAAGAUACCGUCGAGAAGGCUGCCAAUCUUACCUUCGGUGGCCCGGACCAGGAUGAACCCCCCCCUUACAGAAGCACGAAGGAACAUAACGCUAGAUUUGAGAUUCUGGAAAAACACCGGGGCGCGUACGACGAGCUUAUUCGCAUGCUCCAGCCAAAGCAGAAGCGUAAGGUGAAAGAACUCAUUCGCAAUGCUACAAUCAACGCGCGGUGGUCAAGAGUGUGUGAGCUUGCGGACAUUAUGAAGGAACAGGGUAAGAGAUUGGAGAAAGCGCUGCAUUAUGAUUGGCUCAGAUGGCAGCAGGAGCAGCAUCGAGCUAUCCUUCAAGCACUCCAGACAUCCAGGCAGUUUACGAACGACACAGAACGAAACGCUAUUCCCAUAGAGGAAUAUACUCGGCCCGCAGAUUGGCGGGGAGAAGUGACUGGUCUUUCGAGAGUCCAACGAAGUGAUCGAGGUCCACCAUCAACUUCUCUGGUGCUGCCACCAAUCCCCCAGUACACCAGCCCACAGGAUGCUCAGAUUGAAAGGCUGAACCCAAGAAUUGUCUCCAUAGGGGACAAAUACCACUGGAACACCCAACUAGAACAACCGCCGACGGUUGUAGCCCACCUCCAUAAGAAUGUGCAGCGUCAGACUGGGACAACAGCAACACCUUCGUGGGAAAUAACUCAACCAGAUACUCUCACCAGGGAAGGAGACGAUCCUGGGACCCGAGUCUCACGGAGAAUCGUCAAACGCACUUUGAGUCUUCCUUUACUUAGCGCCUCCCUUAUCCCAGAUCACGCUAUCUCCUCUCGCUCCGCCUCAGAGGCCCUAGAAUCGGCGAGCUCGGCCGCGAAGGAGACAGUUGCGUCAGUCGCAGGAGCCAUAGCUACCACUGCAAACGCAGCCUCAUCUGCCACGUCAAGCUUACCACCGGGUGAUGUUCAGAAAUUCGCCAUAGCUACCGCGGUAUUUGCUGGCGCCGUUGCUGCUAGCAAAGCAUGUGAUAGCUUCACAACGGCGCAAAUUGGAUAUCGCAACGCCAAUAUAGCAAGACAGGUAGCUAACACCGGCAAUCGGAAUGCCGAAAUAGCUUCUCAAACCGCCAUUGCAGCAAGAAUUGCUGCGGAUGCCCAGGAUUUGACCGCAAAAACAGCUGCAGAGAAGUGGGAGUUCGAAAAGCAGAAGAAACUUUCGGGAGCGAAGGAGGAUGUUCAAUCAGCUCCUCGCAACGCGGGACGGUCAGGCGGUGGUGAUGAUGACGACGAAUCAUCUGGGGGUCACGCCUCUGACGACAAAUGUGCACACUCUGCACCCGUUGCUCCAAUGGCAUCGAAGGCCGUGAUGCUAUCCUCGCCUAGGUCGUCACGAGUUCCACGCUUCCAAACUCCUCCUCACCGCGCUAAGAUGCAUCUACCUCGUCAGCGGCAGAUAGUAUCUAUUCGCGCAAAAAAAAAACAGGCCAUGAAGACGACGCGGAAAGGCCAAUUCGACCAAGACAUACCGCUUCUUAACAGAGACAAGGAAAGGGCUUUGGAACUGCGCCUGGCGGGGUUGAGAGCUGUGCAUAGUCCCUUCUCCACUUCACCUCCUCCGUCUCAUCCACCAGUCAACGGCAAAUCAACUCCGAAGCUUACCAAGCGCCUCGGCGAGAAUAUAUCAGCGGGACCAGGUACCGAAACUGCUCCGAGGGCUGAAUCUGCAGCCAACGAGGUCAACAUAGGGAACUUCAAUGAAGUGCACAGUCCAUCUGCAGACGAAGACGGAUACUUCGACAGGGAAGAGAGCGGACACACCAACAUACCUCUUCGUGUGUUACAGAGCCAGUCGCAUGCCGGUGAAGAAAAACAGGAGGUCCUUCCCAUUGACCAUGAAUCUUACUGCAAUGCCUCGCAUAACGAUGGAGCAGAUUCUGAUUCUGUGCAUCUGAUUGGAAAUGAGGCACGAGAAACGAUGGAUGAGAACCUGCCUCUUGGCAGUGAGGAUCCCCCAGCCAACCAUGUGGCUGAUGUUGAGGAGGAUGAGGCGGGACCAGACAGUGUACUUCCGGAUGGGAACCCGAGUGGGGCCAAUGGUGUGCCCGGUAAGGAAGAUUGAGUUAUUUCAUGUUAUACUUCGCCUUGAGAAUGGAAUUCGUACGGAAUGUUACUAUUCUUUCC